UUUUUGUUUGUUUUUAAGGGAUAAGUGGUUUAAUUUUGUUUUAGUGGUAGUGUUAUUUUAGUUUUGAUUUUUUGGGAUUUUUUGGGUGUUAGUAGUUUUUUUUUAGUUUUGUAUUAUAAUAAUGUUGUUUCUCGUAGAGGCGCUAUGAGUACUAUUUUUACUAAUCGUAUUGGUGAUUUUUGCAUUUUUUUGUUUUUUAAUGGUUUAAUUUUGUUUUCUGUUGGUUCUUUUUCUUAUCAGUUUUUUAGUUCUUUGUUGGUUUUUAUGUUGGUUUUUUCUUCUUUUAUUAAAGGGGGGCAAUAUCCUUUUGGUAGUUGGUUACCUAAAGCUAUGGCUGCUCCUACUCCUGUUAGUUGUUUGGUUCAUAGUAGAACUUUGGUUACUGCUGGGGUAAUAUUAAUGGAUUGUUAUGUUUUUGUUAGUAUGAGUUCUGAUUUAUUGUCUUUUGUUUUUUAUGUUGGUUUUUUUACUAUGUUUUUUUCUGGUUUUUGUGCUUUAGUUGAGGAGGAUGCUAAGAAGAUUGUGGCUUUAAGAACUAUGUCUCAAAUUGGUUUUUGUUUUUUGGCUAUUGGUAGUGGUUUACAUUAUUUGUCUUUUGUCCAUAUGAUUAGUCAUUCUUUUUUUAAGAGGUUAUUGUUUAUGCAGAUGGGUUAUUUAAUUUUUAUUAAUUCUGGUCAACAGGAUUAUCGUGGUUAUUCUUUUUUUAGUUUUUGUGCUCCUGUUUUGGUUCAGUUGCAGAUUUUUAUUUCUGUGAUUUGUUUGUGUGGUUUGUUGUUUACUAGUGGUUGUUGUAGUAAGGAGUAUUUUAUAUCUCGUUUUUAUUAUGAUUCUUUUGGAUUGUUUUUAGUUAUUUUUUAUUUUUUUGGUGUUUUUUUAACUUUUUGUUAUUGUUAUCGUAUGUUGUAUUUGUUUCGUGUUGGUGUUUCCGCUUUUGAUUAUGUUGGUUUUUCUAGUAAGUUGUUUUAUUUUUCUUGUUUUUUAUUAGUUUUUUUUUCUGUAGUUUUUACUUUUUGAUGGUUGGUUGGUUUAAUACCUAUGUCUUUAGCUUUUAAUCGUGUUGAGUUUUUGGUGGUUUAUUUUUAUUUGUUUUUUAUUUUUUGUUUUUUGAAUUAUUUUUUUCGUUAUUUUUUGGUUGAAUUUAAGGGUAAGUUUUUUAUGGAUCAUUAUGCUCGUUUUAUUUAUAAGUUAAUUCCUAAUUUUUUUUAUUUUGAUUUUGCUAUUUUAGGUAUUAAUUAUUUUUUUUUUGGAGUUUUUCGUUUUUUUUCUUUUGUUUUGUUUUCUUUGUUUCGUGGUUAUUAUCAUUUUGGUGUUUUGAU